AUGUCUACUUCCACGGAGCAGCCGAUUACUCCGUCCCUCCCGGAUCAACCUCAAAACGACUAUGUUCGUCCUAUUCACUCGGAAGACGAGCGAGUAGUAAAAACACUCAUAGGUCUAGGAAUAAUGGAAGGUCUUCCGAAAGCGAAUAACAAGAUCAUUCUCAACCCAUUAUGUGUCAUAACAAUCCUCACCUUAGGAUACUUCCUCAAUCGUCUUAUGUCAUUCAUGCCUGAUGAGAAGAUCAUCUCAUGGUUCACCGCUUUGAUCGGACCAUGUCUCGCCUCGCUGCCUAUCUUAGGUCUAGUAGAGUAUAUACAAAGACCACAUUUUAUUGCUCUGUUGAGACGAACGAUGGGAAAGUCAGAUCUGGUCAAAUUCGAUGGGUAUUGUUCGGAAGGAAAGAGUAAGGGAUGGGUGUUCGUUCAUAAUGAUCAAAUCGUAGGGACUAUCUUGGUAGAUAUUCAAAAGCCAGGGAAGAAAUUGGUAAGUGUGUUAGGUGAUGAAGAGGGUCAAGUAAAUUUGGAUAAACAAUUACUCGAAAAUGGAGAAAACAAGGAAAAGUCGACCAACCCUAAUCUUAGAAAAAGGAAAUCCACAGGAGUUUCUGUUAAUACUACUUCAAACAAUGGAAUCGUCCAGAUACGACACCUAGCGGUUGACUCGCCUUAUCGACAAUCCUCCAUCCCUCUCGAUCUCCUUAUUGAAGCUCUAGACCAAUCGUUCAAUGUUCAAAAUCAGAAUAAAGUGAUUAUCAAAUUAGGAUAUUUCUGCUCUAAUGAGAUCAUCAACGCACUGAAGAAAGUGGGGUUCGUGAAAUUGACGUCUCAACAAGUUAAAGGAUUUGAAUUUAAAUUGGAGGUACCUGAAUCAAUAGGGUUGUUGGGUUGGAAAGGUUGUUGGAUGAUUGUCAGUAAAGAGGUAUACGAGGUGAAGAAAGAGGGUAUCGUAGUCAGAAAGUGA